UAAAAACAAAACCUUUAAACUUAAAUUCUACAAACUUACCCAUUUUACUCCAGCUGUUUAUUUGUUUUCUGCAUACAGUAAAUCGAACGUUUUUUUAAAUUCUGUUCAUAAUCCUUACUAUUUUCCGGGUUGCAGUUAAGUUAUCACGUGACAUGCAGCAUCUACGGCAAGAACGCAAGUUAAAAAGUAAACUUGCUUAGUUGGCAUUUCUACAUUGCGACUCAGAACGCUGAGUAUUAUUGUGUUUCGUGUUGCAAUGUAUUUAUGUCCUUACCCAGUUUUGACUUUUUAUAAAGAAUAUAUAUUGUUCGUUUGCCAAAUCAUUUAAGGGAGUUAUAGUCAUCUAGUUUUUGGUUACUUUUAUACUUGGUGACUUACAAAACAUGGAAGUUUUGAAGAUCCCACCUCACGAUGGUCCCAUUUUUUCAGUUGUGGACAUGCACACAGGGGGAGAACCACUUCGAAUAAUAUUAAGUGGUUAUCCUGAAAUAGAAGGGGAUACUAUUUUGGCAAAGAGACGUUAUAUGCGUGAGAAUUUUGAUCACCUGCGCCAAGUGUUAAUGUUUGAACCUCGUGGACACUAUGACAUGUAUGGAGCACUUCUUGUGAAAAGUGAAAUACCAGAAGCUCACCUAGGUGUUCUUUUCAUGCACAAUGAAGGGUAUAGUACCAUGUGUGGGCAUGCUGUAAUCGCACUCGGGAGGUUCGCCAUUGAUUAUGGUCUUGUGAAAAUGUUGCAGUCACCAGAGACUCAAGUGAAUAUUCACUGUCCAUGUGGACUUGUUAAGACUUAUGUGGAAUAUGUACAUGGAAGAAGUGGAAGGGUGAGAUUUCAUAGUGUACCUGCAUUUACUUUUUCAACUGAUUUUUCUGUUGAUGUUCCUGGUCAUGGGAAGGUGACAGUUGAUAUUGCCUAUGGUGGUGCUUUUUAUGCGUUUGUCUCUGCUGCAAGAUUUGGGCUGGAUGUAUGCUCCUCGAUGACCAGGGACCUUGUUGAUGCAGCAUCAGCUGUAACAAAUGCAGUAAAAGCACAGGUGAAGCUUUAUCAUCCAGAAAGUAAAGACCUUGCAUUCCUUUAUGGUACCAUAUUAACAGAUGGAAGUGAUGAAUUUUCCGAAGAACCAACUGCCAACAUAUGUAUAUUUGCCAAUGCUCAGGUUGACAGAAGUCCUACAGGUUCUGGAGUAACUGCUCGAAUUGCUUUGCAAUACCACAAAGGACACAUUCAGUUAAACCAGACAAGAACAUUUAAGAGUGGCACAACUGGUUCAAUUUUCACUGGAAAAGCUAUAGAGGAAACCCAGUGUGGUGACUUCAAGGCAGUUGUUGUGGAAGUUUCUGGAAAAGCUCAUUACACUGGGAGUACAAGCUUUGUUCUUGAAAACGAUGACCAUCUGAAAAAUGGUUUUCUCCUGACAUGAUCUCAAGCAAAUGGAUAGGACUGUUUCAGAGAAGAAAAGCAGCAGAAAACAGAUAUUUGAUUGAAUCUACAAAUCUCCGUAUUACUGCAGAAAUAAAGGACAGAGAAGUUGCAUAAUAAACCAUUGUUUGGUUAGCAAAAAAGAAAGUUUAGAACAUAAAUAAUCAGUAGGCUUUAGAAAUACAGAAAGUAUUGACAGACUGAACUAUUAAAAUACUGAGAUGCAAAAGUGAGGCAUAAUUUGGAAAAAGACAUGAGAAGUGCUGUACUUACACGACUGAAAAUGUGUUACAGUACUACAUUUUGCUCAUGUGAUUAGUAUACUUUUGUAACUGCCUUUUGUUUUUUGCAAAAGAAAAUAUCUAUAUUUUAACCAGUAACCUGUCAUCUGUCCCAUUUUAUACAGUGUUGGUAUGCAAGUGUUUGUGUCAGCCAAGGGUGCAGUCAGGCAUACUGUGUACUCAUCUAAGUACAGUUUGCCAAGUGCUUUGAGGAGAAUUUUUUUUUUACAGAAGCUAAAAGCUCUCUAAUACUACUUUCCGCAUACAUAAAUGUACAACUUAGUCUGUAGAUUACUUGCAUAAAGGUAAGAUGGCUACCAAUCUAAAAAGAACAUUUUAUGGCUGUAGGAGACAUGAAAUAUGUUUCUUAAGUAUACAGUAUUUUGUGAGAUGGUUACUUUUUUAAAUACAAAACAGGGUGGGAGUUGAGGGCAAAGUGUGAAGUUAUUAGCACAAAAUGUAUAUUUCCUACUACAUGCUAGUCUCAAUUGAGCAGAUAAUCCAACAGUAGCUAGACUUUGUGCCUUUCAGUAAGCUAUUAUUAUUUCCUACACAUUUAUUGCAUAGUGUUUCUGUGUAUACUCCUUUUAGCCUCAUUGUAUAACAUAAUAUACUAAUUACCUGCUUAACUAUAUUCAGUUUUAUGUUUUUAAAUGUGGUCCUGUCCAGUAUCUAGUUUCAUGUGGGCAGAGAGGUAUGCUAAAGGAAAAUGUUCCAGGAGUUAAUACUGCUUUUGUGAACUAGAUUCAUUGUCACAGCAGAUGUAAUCAGUAUCAUCUAUAGUUCUGUCUAGAAAGGUGAUUGCCGUCAUGCUGUACUGGUAUAUAUACCUAAUAAGUAAUUAAAUAAAUAAAAGAAGUGGUAAGACAGAGCA